AAAAAAAAUAAAGAAAUAAAAUAAAGAAAAAAUAUCAUAAUUUCUAAUCCUCCUUAUCGAUCAUUCUGAAAUAUAUAAUCUUUUCAUAUAUACAUAUAUUUUAAUGUGUUAUUCAUACUAUUCAAGAUCAUCCGAAAUGCAAUAUAUUGAAAAUGAAAUUAAAAUUAAGAUAUUUAAAUAUGUCAAAUAUCCACUUAAUUUAUCUUUGACUUGUCAAGAUUGGUCGGUUAUUGCCAAAGAUCCUUAUGCUAAGACUGAAUGGUUAUUAGUACAUUAUAGAAAAGCUCAUGCGUUAUAUCACGCAGUAAGAUUAGGUCCCACUUUUAUUGAUAUACCAGUAUGUCAAGCAUUAAUUGCAAGAAAAGUUUUCAUAUCAAAAUACUUUAUUCAAAGAUUAUUGAUGCAUUUUAGAAGCUAUGACUCAAAACUGAUCCAAUUUGAAACAGAACAUAACGUUGGUCAACUUGAUGCUGAUAGAAUACGCGCUUUUCAACAGAAAAUCAAAUCAUUUUGGGAGAACGAUCUAUCUUUAUCCGUGUUAGCCUAUUUAUUAGAUAAAGGGCACAAACAAUUAGUUAACACUAAUGAAGAGUUAUAUUCCAAAGAAGAUGUCAUGAAAUUGUUUCAUUUUCUCUCCGCAGUUUAUCACGUGAUAAAUCAUGUCAAGAUUCAGAAAAAGAAUUUAAAAUAUCUCAAUGAUUUGACUUUAAAUAAACAAUUCAUUCCAUUUCAUCCUAAACCAAAAGCACUUCAAAUAGACUUUAAAGCUUAUCCGCAUAUUUAUCAGCCACACGAAUAUUCAUCUAAAGGCGGCUGCGAAAAUGGUAAACCUACUAAUUUAACAAAAUUUGAUAAUUUUUCAGGCCAAGGAAGUUUUUUAAGUUUUCAAACGACGCCUAUCACUGUCCUAACGCUUAGAGUACGACCCUUAAGAAAUAUUAAUCAAAUGAGAAGACGCAAUCAACUUAGAAGACGAAGAAGAAACAGACGCCAAAUUAAUGUGCCAACCAAUAAUGAAGAUAUAAUAAGUCUAAUUGCAAGCCUCCCCCAACAGCCGAUUACGAAUGAUCCAUUUAUUAAUCAAUUUUUCAAUGGGUCCUCUUUCAUUUAG